AUGGGCAAAAGUAAUCGGCCGAAUAAACCUAGGAAUUGCGAUUCAAAGAAAACCAAACGUAAAAGGCCCACAGACGAGUAUGAACCUCCCCCUCAUAUUUCCGAUUGUUGGGAUCAGUUAGUGGAGGACGACAACUACAAUAGCGAACUAGAAGGAGAAGCUUCAGCAUUAGUCUUGGCUGAGUUUAGUAAAAUUAAGAAAAAUUAUGAAUCAACUGUAUUGAAAGAUGCUAGGAACAAAUUUGUCGAAGAACGAAGAAGGUUUUAUCCCAGUCGAAUAGGUUAUGAGACUUCGGAUGGGUCUGAACCCCUUCAGCUCAGCUUUGUAGAUCUCGUCGCACAAACUUAUUCGGAAAGAGGUGUAACGGUAACCAAGCCAGCUCCAACAAGAGUGGUUAUCAAGUCCAGAUUCGAUUCUUCUCCUGCUCUUCCACGAAUGAGGUAUUGGAUCCAUAGCGAAAGAAAUAUCGAGACUAUUGAUAACCCUAGGUUAUCCCAUAUUCCUCACAUCAGUGAUAAAAUGGAUGAUCGUAAUUUUGUCAGCGAGCUUAGAGAAGUGUAUACUGAAGGAAUUCAUGGUGCCGACGAAGGCAACGGAGAGUACAUAAAUGAUUUCAUGAUGUAUCAACUGCUUACAAUAACGAUGCAAAAAUGGAAGAAAGGUUUAUCUUACCUCCAUGCUGCCGUUUUUAAAUUGUUUCCGAAUAAAUACUCGUUCAAGGAACUACAAGAUCAUGCAUAUUUGACGUUGAAAGAGCGAUUCGAUCCUUCACCUCCCAUGAAAACUGAUGAAGCUGAUGAUGAACUCAAUUCCAUAACGACAAUGCUUUGCGUACAAUGCCCUGAAUAUGAUUGCACGUUGCACGCAUCGACAGAGCUUGAUCCUCAUAUCAAAGAUAGGCAGAAAAUUGGAAAUCAAGUUAUUCCGGAAGAAGCCUGUGGCAAAACUUGUUUCAAAAAAUCGCCCCAGAGAAGAUCCGUAGGUGUCGAAUUCAACAGUGAAGUUAUGUUACAAAACCUUCGAACCUUGAUCAAAGCUCAAAACUUCAACGUAUGUAAAUUGACUAGCAUGUUCAGAAUUAUGUGCGAAGAACUAGGAAUGAAAGCUCUGUCGUGUGCGGAACUCAACCGAGUGAUCGAACAGUUACGGCAGGAGAAUAUAGCAUUGCGAGCAGAGUUACCUAGUAAAAAAGUAAAAAAAUUAAGUAAAAGUGAACGCUAUAAACAGUUCCGAAGAUUCAGAAGUUCGCUUGCUAAUAAUAACCGAAUGGAACCCUGUAGUCAUUCGGGUCCAUGCCAGAAGAGAGAUGAUUGUUAUUGCUUUGUUAAUAAUUUGGCUUGCUCCAAAUACUGCAAGUGUUCCGAUGAUUGUGCCAUUAAGUUUCCAGGCUGUUCCUGCGGAGCAGGUUUCUGUGGAAACCAGCACUGCCCUUGCACCAAAGGUGGAUGGGAAUGUGAUCCAGAUACAUGCUCUUCUUGUAACUGUGAUGUUGUCAAUCCUCUACGCUCCAAAGACGGUAGAGACCUUCCUUUCUGUAGCAACAUAUUCAUACAAGUCGGUGCCAAGAAAGAUAUAGAUAUUGGAAUAUCAAGUGUUGCUGGCUGGGGUUGUUUCAUUAGAGUUCCUGCAGAGAAGGGUGAGUUGAUAUCUGAGUACACAGGCGAAAUUAUAAGUAAUGACGAAGCCGAGCGUCGAGGAAGAAUAUGUGAUGAAAGUACAUGUAGUUAUGUUUUUGGUCUGAGUGGGGAGAAGUCAAUCGAUGCAGGAAGAAUGGGAAAUAUUAUACGUUUUGCAAAUCACUCGGGAACGAAUCCGAACUGUGAAGCUAAAAUUGUGAUUAUCAAUGGCGAUCAAAGGAUUGGGCUUUAUGCAAGUAGACGAAUAGAAGAAGGAGAGGAGCUUUUUUUCAAUUACGGUUAUAAAGAGUUCCGUAAGCAUAAUUGGGAUGGUUGA